AUGGUCCUGUUUUUCCUCGUAAUUGGUCUAACGUUCACUAUACUGUUUGAUUUAUAUAUCAGUUCCACGAGAUUUUAUGCUAUAUUUUCGGCAUUUUUACGCCUUCUAUGCAUUAUUAUUGCUCUCGUCUAUCGAUCUAUUUAUGAUAAUUAUGACAGAAAAGAAGAACAAAAGAAUACGAAAAUAAAACGUGGAAAAUUUUGGACUCAAUUUAAAAACAUUUUUUUAAUUAUUGGAACAUUAAUGCAAAGUUCAACAAUUUAUUAUCUUCUGUCAUCUAAAGAACAACUCUCAAUUUACAAAUGGGUAUUAUUGACGUUAUUUCAAAUGUCCAUGCCGUUAUUCACUUAUCUAUGGAUCAAAAGAAUUGAAAAAGAAGAUUUAAGCUAUUUACAAAAUAUUUGGUUUGAAAUCUUUGCAGAAAAACAAGAUUCUAACACUGAUGUAUUUGUACCAUUAUAUACCGGUCGAUUGUUGAGUAGUGUUGCAUUCAAAGAAGCAUGGCCUGAAUUUAAACAAAAUUUGAUUAUGUUUGUUAUUGUCAAUUUUUCUCAAGGUUUUUUGGGUGGCUUUCGUAUUGGAGUGUUUGCAAUAUGUGUUUCACGUUUGAAUAUGCGACUAAAAACAAAAUUAUUUCAAUCAUACCUUAAACAAGAAAUUGGAUUUUUUGAUACUCAUGAAAGUGGCAAGUUAUUAUCGCGAUUAAAUCAGGAUACUCAAGUCAUGAGUUCUAUAGUAGCAAAUAAUAUAGCUCAAUGCGCUGGUGCCUUGGUAAAAUUUGUCGGAACAUUAAUUAUGAUGAUUAAACUAUCCUAUCAUCUUACAAUAGCUUGUUUAAUUGGCGCACCCUUGAUAUUAAUAGUUGCAAAAAUUAGUGGAACAGCACAUAGACGCGUAUCUGAGAAAGUGCAAACUUUAUCUGCUGAAGCAUCAGAAAUAUGCGAAGAAACAAUACAAACCAUUCGUACAGUAAGAAGUUUUGGUAAUGAAGAUGGCGAAUUGAAAAAUUUUAUUUCAAUUUUACGUCAAGCUUACAAAAUAUCUCUUAUUCAAGCAGCAAUAUCAGCAGGUCAAAAAUGGUUUGUAGAGUUAUGUCAGUUGGGUAUGAGUGUCGUUAUGUUAUCAUAUGGCGCAAAAUUAGUACGAGAUAAUAAAGUGGCGGGUCCAGAUUUACUUGCGUUCGUUAUUUAUCAAUUGACACUCGGUGCUAUAUUAUCGGAUAUAUCGCAAAUUUAUACGUCAAUGAUGUCAGCAGCGGGAGCAAGCGAGGCUGUAUUCGACUAUCUAGAUCGGAAACCCAAAACGCUCGUCGGUAAUAAUCUGCAACCAGACGAAUUUCAAGGAGAGAUUGAAUUUCAACAAGUAUCACUAAACUAUCCGGCACGUCCAAACGAAAUUGCUCUUGAUAAUAUUUCAUUCAAAAUUGCAUCCGGUCAAAUUUGUGCGUUCGUUGGUCCAAGCGGAUCAGGUAAAUCCACUUGUAUCAAUCUUCUGGAACGGUUUUAUGAUCCAGGUAUGGGAAAAAUACUUAUCGAUGGACACGAAAUUGCAGAUUUUGAGCAUAAAUAUUUGCAUAAAAAAAUCGCCAUGGUUAGUCAAGAACCGGUAUUAUUCAAUCGAUCAAUUCGUGAGAAUAUUGCCUAUGCAUUGGAUGAUGAAGUUAAUAAAGAAUUAUUAACUGCAGAAAUAAUUGACGCAGCUAAAUUUGCCAAUGCUCACACAUUCAUUACUGAGCUAGUAGAUGGUUAUGACACACAGUGCGGUCAAAGGGGUGGACAUUUGAGUGGUGGUCAAAAACAGAGAUUAUGUAUAUCUCGUGCAAUUAUUAGAAAGCCAACCAUUCUUUUAUUAGAUGAGGCAACGUCAUCCUUAGAUCCAGUAAAUGAACGUUUGAUUCAAGAUGCUUUAUUCGAAAAUAAGAAAGAGAAACGAACAAUCAUUAUAUCGGCGCAUCGUUUGAGUACAAUUGAAAAAUGUGACAAAAUAUUUGUUAUUCAUAAAGGGCGUUUGGUUGAACAAGGCACCCAUGAUGAAUUACUGUUGAUAAAUAAUGGCGUCUAUCAAGAACUUGUAAGACGACAAAAAAUGGAUUUGAAUGAAAAUGAAAAAGAAAUAGAAUGA